CAGUUCUUGAAGUGAUCGCGAGUGCGGUGGUCGGUCUCAGGGUGUGUGGCUCCAAUCGUGUCUGCUGCAAAUCAAUAUAAAUUCCUGUGCUUGUGCCUCUUCUUCGUCCUCUCCUUCCCAACCCAUAAACUCACUUCUCCUCGUCUCGAGACCACACUCGGGGGUGAUUUUCUUGCGCCGCACCACAGUUCUUGGACCUAAAAAUAUAUCGACACACUCUCUCUCUGGAUACAUCGCGGAUCCCCUUCAAGUGCUGCGCCGGAGUUGCAAAAUGUUUAUCGACAAUUUCCCGGAAAGAUAUAGUUUCGAGAGUUUAGCCUCGCAUGGAAUUUAAUGUGAUCUAAUGCCCAAUUGAGGAAUGUUCUCUGUGUGAUCAUCCACAACAUAUCGUGUGUAUUCUCUUCUCCCCCCUCCCUCUCUUCUUCGCUGGGGCAAUAAAUAUAUUUUGGCAGAGGAGAAAAAAGAGCAAAACGAGUCAUGGAUUCGGACGCUGCAGCCUCUCUCGAGGCCUUUGGAUACCACUCAACCCUGCCCGGAACGACGACCAUCAGCACCAUUGUCCUCCACAGUGGACCAGUGAAACUCGUCGUGGCGCUGCUGCAAAGUGGCGAGCAGUUUCACAUAAAAGUCGUUGAGGCAGAACCGCGAUUGACAUUUCUUGGCGGUGAUCUGGAUGAGGCGGUCCACCUGCAGCGGCAGCACGAUGAUGUGCUGAGGAAAUUACAGGACAACACAAAUCCAGUGGAGGAGUUUCUGCGGAAAGUGGAUGAGAUGAUCGAGACGAAGCGACCAAGAGCAGAGGUCCUGGACGCCAUGGAGCAGUCCAUCAAGAUCGUGUGGGACGACAUGACGGCUCUGCUGCACCGCCGCAAGCUCAUCGCGGAUACCAAUGCCAACUUCCACGAGAAGCUGGAGGCGUGUCGCGGGAAGAUGAGCGCUCUGGAGGAGGCGUGCAGGGACACAAUGAUCCCCAUCGAAGUGGAGCCCGUCGAGGAGUUCCUCGCGAAAAUCAAGGAGCUGCGAACGGACGUUCUCGCCUCCGUCAUGUCGGCUCUGCGCGAUGGCAACGAACUGCUGGCGCAGCUGAAGGACAUCGCCACGGAAGGGAGUCUCGACUCGCGACCUGAUCACAUCAGAUUCGACGCUGUGAAGUCCAUUGCAAUGGUGGAACUGUGGCUGGAAGAUCUCCAUGACAGACGCAAUUCCUUAGAGGUCGCGUGGCAGAGCAGGAAGUCGCAGCUGGAGCAGUGUUUGCAGCUGGCGACGCUGGUGAAGGAGUUGGAGGACAUCGAGGCGCUGCUGCACCGCCGCGAGAGCGACAUGUCCAUCUCCUUCACGCUGGGCGACACGGAGAGCAUCGUGGAUGACCUGCUGCGGGAGUACGUGGGCCUGAAGGACGAUGCCAUCUUGCUGCGGGAUCGCGCGCUGCGCGUGGCCAAAGCCACGGAGGAGCUGGUGAGAUCCGACUGCUUCGCCGGCGACGAGGCGUGCGCGCGGGCUUACAGCGUGCUGUCGCGCUGCACGGACUUCUUCGACGAGACGGACCGGCGGGAGAACUGGCUGCUGCAGGCGAAGGACUUCUUCAACCGCGCCGAGAAGGUGCUGGCCACGCUCGAGUCGAUGGAGGCGGAAGUGGCGGCCGUGAAGGUGUCUUCGGAGGCGCCGGAAGCUAUUUCCGUGUACACGCGCCUCCUGAGUCGACUCAGUGGCCUCAUCGACGAGCCCGUGCAGAUGGGCUACUGCCUCAUGGACGAUGUGGGUCGCACCCAGCCAGAGGUGAUGGGCGUGAAGCGAGUGGUGGACGAAAUGGAGAAUCGGAAGAUCUAUUUAGAGAAAGUCUGCUCAAUGAACAGCGAGCGACACGUCACCGUUUCCGAGCACAUCAACAGCUUCUUCCUCCACUACAACGAGAUCCUCUCUUGGCUCGUGUCCACUGCGGAGUCAUCGCUGAAGAAUCACAACUCUCUCGGCAGGAACUUGCCCACUGCGCACGACUUCCUCAGCGCGCAGCAUCGCCUGCUGGCCGAUCUCGAGGGAAAAGGCAGGGAAAUUAAUAAACUACUCACGACCCUCGCGCCCAUUCUCGAGGAAGUGGACGAGGAGCAGCGACGCAACAUCACGGAGAAGGUGGAAGCGCUGCAGAAGCACUGGACGGAUGUGAAGAACAUCACGGAGGCUCGUGUGGAUCUCGUGUCGCUGUACAUUCAGUUCCUGGACGAGUCGGAGAGUCUCGCGAAGACGUUCGAUCAGAUUGAGGCAAUCCUGAAGACGGCGCCCAACGAGGAGAAUCUGCAGCGCAUCCAGAAAGCCUGGACAGUCAUCCAGCCGGCUUACACGGAGAUCAAGCUGACGGCGCGGAGAUUUAUCGAUGAGGCAUCCAAAGUCGCGGACCCAUAUCUCGAAACAAAAAGUGCCUGCUCUCGCGUCGAUGAGAUUCUGAACGAUUUCAGUUCGCGACAGUUUAGUAUCACGGAAAGUUGGGAAAAUUGGACGCAGCGCGUUACCACAAAGCGAGAGACGGAGCUGCUCUGGGAGAAAAUCAUGUCGGAGAAUGUGCAAACACUCAACGCCGCAUCGAAGCUCGAUGCGCAGCUUUAUCCGGUGCUCUCGAUCGCCACCACCGAUCCAGCUGCCCUGAAGACCUUCGUCACGGAGAAGCUCACAUCUGUCCUGGGCGACAUUGCGAAGGCGAAGGGUGAUCUGCAGGAGCGCAUCACUGCCACGUCCGGUCUCGAGGCCAAAGACGACGGCGCCACGACGGAGAAGCUGCAGCAAGUGAUUGAGAACUUGACGUCGAUCAAGAGCCGACUCGAUCGCAUCGCCAGUGAGUACGAGGCUCUCGUGAUCUCAAUCAUAUCCUUCCUAGAGGCCAUACUCACCACCAAGAGUCGCAUCGAGGAGUACUUCGCCACGCAGAAAGUGAUCAAUCGCGACAGUGCUGAGCGUGUUGUGAGCGAUCAUGAGGCGUUCCGGGACAACGUGAAGGCACAGUUUCGGUCGCUCAUAUCGCAGAGUGAGACCAUCAUCGAGAGGAUACGGGCACAGGAGCCGAGUGGCGCCAAGGAGCAUGACACAGAUCGCAUAAUCUCGCUGCUUGAGCAACUCCGCAUGACCUUCGAGACGCAGAUCGAGUCGAAGAGCACGGAGCUCAAGGAGCAGCAGCAGCUGGGGCUGUUCAACAAGGAGCUGAAGGAGAUCCACGGCAAUCUCGAUGACAUGGCGCGGCAACUCGAGGACACGGAUCUGCAGAGUUGCGAAACACUGGCCGCCGUCUCCACCAAGUCCAUUGCAUUUGAGUAUUUCGAGAGGACCAUCGAACUCCUUGGAAAGCGCAUUGAGAACUUUCGUCAGAGUGCCGAAAAUAUUUCUGCCACGUAUCCCAACACGAGGGCGUAUGUGGAGGAGGAGAAGAGCAAGCUGAUGCUGCGAUGGGAGGAAUUCAGCGAACGGGCAAGGAAAUCCAGAUCGUCAAUUGAAUCGUCCGUUGCAUUCUUCAAAUUGCUCGAUGAGAUUAACGCUCAGUAUCGAAUACAUUCAACAUAUUUCUCACAUACGAGCAACACCGUUCCAUUUGUGUCCACUGUUGAGCAAGGCCACGAAUUGGUACAUCAAAUUGACGACUACAUUAAUCAGAAUGAGGCAUUGCAGCUCGACAAGCUGAAGAAAUUGUCUGAAAUAUCCAUUGAGAUCUACGGAUUUGACAAGACUGUUACCACAUAUACCGAAAAUUUGUCUCUCUUCCAGUCAUUUUUGAAGCUCAAGGAGGAUCUCAAUAGCACAAUUGUUAAGCUGAAAGAGGAGGAGGUGCUUGAGAAGAGUGAAAAGGUGGAGAAAUUGGAGAUCAUUGAAGUGCAAGCGCCAGCAAACAUUGCUCCAGACUUCACGCAAAGUCUCACCAACGCCACCAUUAAGGAAGGUGAGCGAUUCACCUUCAUCUGCGUUGUCAGCGGAAGUCCUGAGCCGACGAUUGAGUGGCUCAAGGAUGGCAUCUCCAUUCAGAGCAAUUCGGACUACAAAACAUCGGUUGUGGAUGGAAUUUGUUCGCUCGCCAUUGAGGAAACACUGGCCGAAGACUCGGCGACGUUCACGUGCAGAGCCAGGAAUGUUGCGGGCAGUGCAGAGACGACGGCGACGCUGACGGUGAAGGAAAAUGUGGCCGAAGAAGUGCUGAUACCACCUGUUUUCACGGAACCCCUGCAGCCCGGAUAUGCGAAAGAGGGCGCGACGUUUGAGUUCAGAUGCACAUGCACAGGAUAUCCUCUGCCCAUCGUUGAGUGGUUCAAGAAUGACAUCUGCAUCGAUCAGUCGCCGGAUUACAUCAUCACGUUCAACAAUGGACUGGCUAUUCUCAAGUUCGAGCACGUCUUCCUGGAAGAUCAGGCUCUGUUCACGUGCAGAGCCAACAAUUCCUCAGGAACGGUGGAAACAUCUGCGAAUCUAAUGGUUGAACCUCUGGAACCAACGGAGAUUCCGGCCUUCAAGGUUCCCUUGUCGAAUGUGAUGGCUCGCGUUGGACAGAAGAUCAAGCUGGAGUGCGAAGUGACAGGAAUUCCGCGUCCUGAACUGUUCUGGACUCACAAUGGGAAGCCAUUCACAGGCCGUGACUCAAAAUUGCUCGUGGACGGCGAUCGCGUGACGUUGCUCAUCCCAGAGGCCUUCUUCAAAGACACCGGCAUCUACACGCUGACCGCGAAAAAUCUCGCCGGAGAGGUGGCCAACGCGUGCAAUGUGUGCGUGAAGGGGCGCGUGCCAAACGAGACGUCCGACUCGGAGUUCGCCAGCGACAUGGAACCGGUGAAGCCGUCUGUGCAGCUUCCGCUCAAGAACACGAGCGUCUUCGAGGGCAAGUCGGUGCGCUUGGAUUGCGUGAUUGUGGGCCAACCGGAGCCGGAGGUGAUUUGGUACCACAACGAUCGACCCGUGAAGGAGUCAGCUGAUAUUCAGUUGCUCUUCCAAGGCGAUCGCUGCACUCUCAUCAUCCACGAGGCGUACACAGAAGACGCUGGCGAGUACAAAGUCGUGGCGAUCAAUUCUGCAGGCGAAACAUCCAGCUUUUGCCAGUUGACAGUGACUCCGCUGAACAACCUGGAGCCCGCGACUCGAGUCUCUGGCGAGAGACUUCAGUCAACAGUCGCUCCGCCCAAAUUUGAGAAGCUGCUGAUAGACAUCUUGGCGUCCGAGGGGGAGAAGGUGGUCUUCGAGUGUCUUGUCGUCGGCGAUCCGCGGCCGGAGAUCAAGUGGCUGCUCAACAAUCGCGAGAUCACGGCGAAUGAUCGCAUUCAGAUGUCGUACGACGAUGACGGCGCGAUCAAGUUGAUCAUUGAGAACGUCAACACGGAUGAUAAGGGUCUUUACACGGUGAAAGCGACUAAUUCCUCGGGUGAAUCCAAGUGCUUCUCACACCUCAUUGUCAAGUCUGUCAAUGUUGCGGACGCUCAGCGACCCGCUCCAGAGGUCAUCAUCGAGGAGCACUACAUUUGCCCGAUGUUCAAAGAGCUCUUCAGCGAUCGCAUGGUGAGAAUUGACGAGGCGACGAAGUUCGAGUGCAUUGUGUUUGGCAAGCCAACGCCAAAGAUUCGCUGGAUGUUCAAUGAUGAGCCCGUGCAUGGGAAGAACUUCCUGGUCUCCACAAGUGGAGAUCGUCAAGUGCUGACCAUUCCCGCGGUCACGAGUCAAACCACUGGCAAAAUUGCGUGCGUGGCGGAGAAUGAAAUUGGAAAAGCCACUUGCGUGGCUUACGUGAAUCUCGAGGGUGACUACAAUCCACCCUUGGUGGCCAGUCCUCAGACCUACACUCAAGAGCACAAUACUCAGUCGUCCCUGGUGACGAUCAAGAAGCAAAUGUUCACCACGACAUCCACGCAGCAAGUGAGCUCAGUGGCGAAUAAUAUUCCUCAAACUCAAAUACUCACCAGCCAACCGGAUGCAAUUGAUUCGCGCCAAUUCCAGGAAUAUCAUCAAUCGAAAGACUUCUCGCCGGCUCUUCAGCAGAAGUCGGUUGUUAGUAUUAUCCGGAAUGUGUCUGAUGUGAAUCUGCCGAAAGUGACGCGAAAGCACACACCGCCGCGCUUCGUCUCGCCCCUGAUCGGGAAGAUUGUGGAUCAGGGCGCCAAUGUGGUGUUGGAGGCGGUUGUUGACGGAUUUCCGCUGCCAGACAUUAAAGUCACGAAGAAUGGUGAGCCGAUUGAGAACGAUAGUCACAUCAGUGUCACGUGCAACUUGAAUAAAGUCACCAUUCAGCUGAACAACGUCACGGUUCCAGAUGCUGGGCGAUACAUUUGCACGGCCAACAAUGCAGCUGGAACGUCUACGAGUGUUGCUGACUUGGUUGUGAAGAAAUCCAUCUUUCCUCCUGUCUUUGGCCAUCGACUGCAAACACAGAUAGCUAAACUCGGAGAGAGAGUUAUCAUGGACGUCGAGAUCACAGGACUGCCUGAGCCAACGGUGACGUGGUCCAAAGAUGAUCUUCCGCUCAGUGAAGCCACGCUGUCGUCGCACAAGAUUCUGAAGAUGGGAAAUUGCUACAAGUUGAUCAUUGAGAAUGCUUCACUGUCAGACGCCGGGAAGUUCAUGGUGUCAGCUGUGAAUCCUGGAGGGAAGGCGGAGAGCAUUGCAAGUUUCGCCGUGAUGGAGAAAACACCUGAGAGAGUCGUUGAAGUGAUCAAGACUGUCGUUUACGAGGAUCCCAAGGAUCACACGAGAAAGGGGUCGGAAGAGAGUUCAGCUAUUCUUAGAGCGCCGGGCUCUUCCCACUCUGCUCACACGGUGUCCCACACUGAGAUGGAUAUGCACGGAUCUGAGGAGUCAACACUGGUGACGGAGACAAGACGCACAACUGAGGCGACAAUGCGAAUGGAGCACAAAGUUGCAUUUCCCGAUUUGCCAACUCUGACAUUUCCUCAGAGUGCGGCUGAGCUGAAGUCCUCAGCCACAAACACAGAGCAGAAGGAAACGAAGAGUGAUGCGACACAGACUCCGCCACAGGUGCCACCGAAGCCUGGCCAGGAGGAGACGGGCAUUCAGACGCAGUCCAUCACGAAGAAGUCGGCGCUGGAGUUCUUCGAGCAGAAGAUUCAGAGCGAACCGAUGACAUUCGCUGAGGACAAGUACACGAAAUUCAGCGAUAUAAAAGUGUCACCGACGCCAAUCAUUCAGCCACAAAUUGACGUGACGAGUGAUUUGAGGGCGUUGAAUUUGGAGCCGGGACCUGUGCCGGAAAUUGGCUUCAUGCCAAAGGCGGAGCUGAAGCGAGAGAACAUCUCGGAUCGCAUCAAGCGCCUUGAGGAAGUGCACAAGGAGACAGAGACCCCGUCGGGUGGCGUGCGAGUCCUGCCGCAGUUGUCCAGAACGGAUGAGCCAGGCAGUGUGUCUCCGCGUCCCUCAGCCGAGGGUGUGGCAAUGGAGAAGCUCUGGGCACUGCCGAAGACUCAUGAAUUCACAUCGGAAGUCUCUGAGUCGAGACAUCAGUUCUACUCCAGCACGCAAGAGUCCCAAAUAGGCACUUAUCACUCAGCUGUGCCUAGUCAGGCUCCUGAAGUCGAGGACUUGUCAAAGAAAUACUCCAUCAAUGCUGCUAAGAAGGUCUUUGAGGAGAAGCUGAAGGAGGUGCCGGAUCUUGUGGCGCCUCAGCUGGUUCGUCAGGUGUCUGAGAGGAAGGAGCGCCCGAAGUCCGUGCAUGAGCUCUUCCACGACAUCCACCUGGAGCCGGGAUCGCCGCCUGAGGUGUGUUACGCCCCGAAGCCCAAGUUUGAGCGCAAGAAAUCACUGGUGGAGACACUGGAGGAGAGCCUUGAGAGGAAAAUCGAAUCAGAACCGACUCGCGUUCCACCAGGCGGCGUGCGAAUUGUGCCGCCGCCGAAGCGUGAGAGAUCCCUACCACCUGUCCUUCCCCAAGCACCUCAGCCUUGCCUCAAGAGUGACAUGAGCGAGGCUGAGUACUCCAGCGAUUUUGACUCAAUGCCAUGGUCCAGGCCUCCCGAAUUCAAACACGUUGAAGCUCCCAAGCUUAUUGACCACAGACACACCAUCACUGAAGGGAAGCCCAUUCUCCCGAGCGGCUACAUGGCCGACACUGAGGAGUAUCAUGCCAAAUCCUACCACGACACCUUUGUCCCCUAUGCCAAACACUACAGGCACCACAAUCACAAGCAUGAAAGAACCCAAGAAUCAUCUGGAACUGAUGCGAAGGAAUACUCGACGGCAUCGUUGAUCAAGAACAUCUCGGUCACGACGACUCAGUACAAGUACUUGGAUGACAAUCAACUGGAACAGUUGCCAUUCAAGGCGGAUCCACCACAGCUGAAACGCCCUCGUAUUCCGCCACCAGCGAGUCCCUCGAAAUUCAUCAAGGGUGAAUUUCGCGAGAGCGACUACGAAAGUGACUACGAGGGCCGCAUUGCGCCCAUUUGGCGUCCCACUGACUCGGACUCGGAGCCGCAUUACCGGCCCGUGAGGCUCAAUCUGACGCCCACAGGUCGGCGAUCGCACAUCUCCGAUGGCCACCGAUCGCCAACGCCUCCCUCUGAAUUCGACCGCCGACCGCCGGCUCAGGAAGCGCCGCCGCGCCCCAAGUUUGAGCCCAUUGACAAGAUUCAUCGCUUCCCGGAGCCAAGCUACAGUCACACGCCGAAGCAGCAGCCGCCGCUGUUCGUGCACAAGCCAACUCCGGUGACGUCAACGCGCUAUUUCACUGCAACUGCAGGAACUCCUGUUCACAACACGAUCGCAACAGAAACCAGCAAUACGAUGCACAUGCGAGAGCACACCGAAACGAGUCAUCGUGUCGUGAAUAUGAAUCAAACGACGCGCGUGAUUAAGUUCGAUGGCGGACAGAAGAAGAGUAACUUCGAGCAGCACUUGGAGCCGUUUCCGUUCACCGCGACAAACGGAGACACGUCGCCUCGUCCGAGGGUGUCUCUGCCGCCCACUCCGACCAGGUUCGUGAAGGGCGACUUCCGCGAGAGCGACUACGAGAGUGAAGUGGACGCGGCACGCAUUCGUCCUCUCUGGACGCCGAGUCCGAUGGACAGUGAUCCGCAGUAUCGUCGCGUGGCUCCACCGCAAACCUCGAGAGCCGCCAGUUGUCCGCGAUCUUAUCCAACACAGAGAGUUCUCACGCCGAUGGAGUUUGACACUCAGCCGCCGCUCAUGCCGCAGCACUUGCAGACGAGCUCGAGUGAGUACAAGACUCAGACGCUGGAUCGCUACGCGACGAAGAGAGUGCAUCAGUACGGCGGCAAGACGCAGGAUGACACGUACGUGUCGCAGCAGAGAGUGGACUAUGGCUAUCCGCAGAGUCAGUUCAGAGACAUGGGCAGUUCCUUCAAGAGCAAGGCCAGUCAGUUCAUGCAGGACGUGUCGACAGACAUCAAGCGUCAGCCGACAACGCAGAAACCCAUCCUCAAGAAGACGAUGAGCACAGACACAGAACCACAAGCUUACCGAGAAGAGUCUCGAAUUUCGCAGUACGGAACGAAACAUAUUGACCCCGACACUGGCCUGAUUUAUUUCAAAUAUGAUUUUGGUUAUGAGUUCGGAAUCCUGUUUCCGGGUGAAGGUAAAAGAUUUAUUGGCGGCAGUAGCAUGAGCGCUGAUAAGAGACCACUCCAGAGAACUGGAGAUAUCGAAUUGCCCGUCCAUCAUGAACGCACGCCGGCGGCUAUGACCAAUGGCACUCAUCAUUGGGCUCCUAACAAGCGCUAUAGCCUACCAAUUAACAUCAAUAUUGAUCAGAUUCAUCAACAAUCCGCGGGAACUGCAUAUGUUAAAGAUCGUCAGAGGGAUUCUAUUGGUCAGAGAAGUCACACUCCUGUGAAUUUAUCACGGGAGGACAAACCCAAGAAGCCUCCUUCAGUCAUAACGCCCCUUAAGGACAUCGCUGUGGUUGCAGGACAAUUGGCGAGAUUCGAAUGCAUUGUUCAGUGUGAGCCUAAUCCUGAGGUGGUUUGGGCGAAGAAUGGAGUGGAACUCGGAAGGAGCCUGAAACAUCACAUUGAGUAUCGCAAUGGAGUUUGUCGUCUCACGAUUCCUCAUGCAUUUACAGAGGAUGCUGGAAGAUACUCCUGCACAGCAGCCAAUCAGCUGGGCUCUGUCACGACCACUGCCGAUCUACUUGUCCCGGGCAAUAAGUGGGAUUCGCCAAAGCUCAAUCACACACAGUACAUUGUGGAAUACAAGCAACACCCAGUGAGCAGAAAUAGUCCGCCACUGACAGAGAAAUGGGAGAACGUCUUGGAGAGCCUGCUUUCACCAUCUUCCAAGUCAGCAAGGAAAAGUGCUUUUUCGUGCAAUUCUUUGCCACAACUUGGGAUUACUAAAUUUUUCACGAUGCAACGACAGAAUUCGAAUCCAUAUCAGCUGCAGCAGACUCAGCAAUCGCAACAAAUUGUUAGUUCGCAGCAGCAAUAUGAGCAGCAGAUUAGCCAGCAAAGGAUUAGCCGUACUGAACACACUGUGAGCCGUCAGCAAUUCACGACUCAACAGCGAGUUCAAGGAGUAUCACAGCAGCAGGCAAUUCAGCCGCCACAGCAGGUCUACCAGCAGCAACAGCAGCAGCAGCAGCAGCAGCAGUAUGAGCGGACCGCGCAGUAUCAGCAAGUGGCCCCGAAGCCGUACGCCGGCGGCCCGGCCGGCAGGCGCGAGCCGAUCUUUGAGCAAGUGUUUCAGAAUGCGCGAUUUGCCCAAGGAGGAGACGCUCUGUUUCAGGGCCGCCUCGGCGGAAACCCCAAGCCCCGUGUUUCUUGGACCCGAAAAGGUGCACCACUUCUCGAGUCCCAGAAAUACCGGAUGACCUACGACGAGAACACGGGCGACGUCUCCCUCCUCAUCCGGCAGAUCAGCCCCGAGGACAUCGGCGAGUACACGUGCUUCGCCGUGAACGACUAUGGCGAGGCCAUUUGCUCAGUGUUCAUCCAGUUCGAGGGCCAGCCACAGGUCCAGGGCUACCGCAAGGAGUUCGCCCAGACGUACGAGUCGAGCCAGAACAGCCUGGGCCAGCGCACUCAGUCCACUCAGCGCUAUGAGCAGCAGCAGAACUUCAGCAAUGGCUACAACAAUUACAGCCUCGUGGAGGAGGACUUCAAGGUGGACACGUUCGAGUACCGCCUGUUGCGCGAGGUCUCCUUCCGCGAGUCCAUCACGCGCCGCCACGUCUCCGAGUCGGACAGUCAGUUGAUCACGCAGGUGGACAGAAAUCUCGGUCCCGCCGCGCCGCCACAGAUCGCCCAGAAGCCGCGCAAUUCGAAGUUGGUCGAGGGCUCGGACGCCGUGUUCACCGCCAAGGUGGGCGCCAAUCCCAAGCCCAGACUCACGUGGUUCCGCAACGGAAAGCGCAUUGUGGCGUCGGAGAAGUACGAAAUGACCUACUCCAACCAGCAAGCCACGCUCCGCAUUCGCAACGCCACGUACGCCGACUCGGGUCACUACACUCUGCUCGCCGAGAACACGCAGGGAGUUGUGGUGUCCUCCGCCGUGCUGGCCAUCGAGCCGGCAACCGAGAGCGCCGCUGUGGCCGAACCCAGGCCAGUGGACACCAUGGCUGAAGUGGCGGAGGCCGGCAAGGCCCUGGCGCCGACGUUCGUGCGCACGUUCCAGGACCGCGAGACCAGCGAAGGCAAGAUGUCUCGCUUCGACUGUCGCGUCACCGGGCGCCCCUAUCCGGAGGUGCUCUGGUUCAUCAACGGCGAGCAGGUGCGCGAUGACGCCACCCACAAGAUCCUCGUGAACGAGUCCGGCAACCACUCGCUCAUGAUCAUCAACGUGAGCCGACGCGAUGCGGGCGUGGUGUCGUGCGUGGCGCGCAACAAGUCCGGCGAAGUGGCGUGUCAGGCGCGCCUGAAUGUCCUGGAGAAGGAAGUGGUCGUGGCGCCCAAGUUCGUCGAGCGCUUCACCACCGUGAGUGUUCACGAGGGAGAGCCCGUGCAGCUGAACGCUCGCGCCGUGGGCACACCCACGCCCAGGAUCACGUGGCAGAAGGACGGAGCUCCGAUCGCCGUGAGUCCCGACGUCCGGGUGGCGAUUGAGGGCGGUGCCACGACGCUAGACAUCCUGAGGGCCAAGCCGUCGGACUCAGGAUGGUACCAGUGCACAGCGCAGAAUGUUGCAGGCUCCACAGCCACCAGAGCUAGGCUCUACGUGGAAGUGCCGAAAGAUGAUAUCCCCGAGCAAAGACGUCUACAUCUACCGAGACCCACAAGAGUCAUCGAACCAGAACCCGCUCCUGGUCCAGAGAUUAUCUAUCUCAAGCAUGUUGAGCGUGCCAAGCCACACUUGGCGCCAGGAGAGGCUGACAGGGUUUAUCCACCUCCGCAAUUCAUUGUUCCUCUCCGCGAUGCGCAGCAGAUGGAGGGCGGAAAGAUUCACUUUGAAGCUCGCAUCGAACCGGUGGGCGAUCCCACCAUGUACAUCGAGUGGUUCCUCAACGGAAGGCCCAUGACUGCAAGCUCUCGAGCGACAUACACGUUCAAGUUCGGCUUCAUCGCUCUGGAUAUGCUGAGCGUGACUAGCAUGGAUGCCGGAGAGUACGUGUGUCGCGUGACCAGCGCCACGGGCGUUGCAGAGUCUCGUGCUGUGCUGUCUGUGAGCCAGCGAGCGUCCAUUGAGCAGCGCACGCAGCAUCCUGAGAGUCUGCAGCAGAUCCAGCAGCUGGAGGACUACUCCAAGUAUCAGCGCGCCGAGAGCAUCGAAGAGCUCACGAAUCAGAAGCCAGUGUUCAUCAAGCCACUGGUGAAUCUGGGUGACGUCGAGGAGGGCAGGAAUGCCCACUUCGAGGCCCAACUCACGCCCGUGAGUGACCCGACGAUGCGCGUGGAGUGGUACAAGGAUGGCCGCCCAAUCACGGCUAGCUCGCGAAUCACUGCAAUCUUCAACUUCGGCUACGUCUCCCUCAACAUCUUGCACCUACGGGCUGAAGAUGCUGGUUCGUACACCGUGCGUGCCGUGAAUCGACUCGGCGAGGCCAUCAGCACCUCCACCAUUCGCGUCAUCACGAAGAGCACUGUGACGUCGGAUCUGGGCAUCCCCGAGCAGCAGCGCUACAUUGAGCGCAUGGAGCAGCUGGAGGCCUACCAGAAGCAGCAGCACCAGAAGUACGUGGAAGAGAUCCCCGAGAGCCUGCACGCGCCAGAGUUCAAGACACCCAUCAAGGACCAAUUGGAGGUGCGCGAGGGUGGCUUUGCUCACUUUGAGGCUCGUCUCGAGCCUGUUGGUGACCCGACGCUGCGCGUGGAGUGGCUCAGGAACGGCAGACCCGUGGAGGCGAGCUCCAGAAUCACGUCUUUCUUCAAUUUCGGCUACGUGGCACUCACCAUCAAGCAGCUCACGAUCCACGAUGUGGGCGCAUACACGUGCCGCGCGUACAACUCCAUCGGACAGGCCACCACCAAUGCCAAUCUCAGUGUGGUGACCAAGAAGGACAUUCUGUACGAUUCGCAGCACCCCAGCGGACUGCAGAAGAUCCAACACCUCGAGGACUCGUCGCGAUACAUGAGACAAGAGCAGGAAGAUGUGAGCGUGACGCAAGCUCCGCGCUUCCUGGGCCCACUGAAGGGCACCAAUAAGAUCCUGGAGGGCCAGCGAGCUCACUUCGAGGCUCGCGUUGAACCACAGAGCGACUUGUCCAUGAAAGUGGAGUGGUAUCACAAUGGAAAGCCCAUCAUGUCAGCCAAUCGCAUCCAGACGUACCACGACUUUGGGUACGUGGCUCUGGACAUUGUGGGCGUUCGCGGAGAUGAUGCUGGAGUCUACACUGUCGUGGCCAGGAACAAGCUGGGCGAAGCGCAGCUCCAGGGAACGAUGAUCGUUGAGACUCGCUCCGGCAUCGACACCAGCAGCAUGCAUCGGGGCACAUUUGAGAAGACACAGCGCAUGGAGGAGGGAAAAUUUAUCGAGCCCCAGUACGAGAUUGAGGAGAUCUCCAAGUCCAAGCCCAUCUUCGUGACCCCGCUGUCCGACCCCCAACCCGUGCACGAGGGAAAAAACGUGCAUCUCGAGUGCCGCCUUGAGCCCAUGGGUGACCCCACAAUGCGAGUGGAGUGGUUCCACAACGGUCGCCCCAUCACCGUUGGCUCGCGCUUCCGCACAUACUACGACUUCGGAUAUGUGGCACUCGAUAUCAUCCACACAACUGCCCUAGACUCUGGCGAGUACACCGUGCGCGCCAUCAACCACUUGGGAUCGGCGCACACGUCGGCGUGCGUGCGCGUGAUCGGCCGCAGCGACAUCAUGACGGAGACGCAGAAUGAGAUGUCACUGGAGCAGAUCCAGGCGCUGGAGGACGCCUCGCGGCGGCGCCAGCAAGUGACUGAGGACAUCACCGUGAUGCAGGCGCCCCAGUUCACGCGCCCACUGCACAACAUCGAGACCGUGGAGGGCACGAAUGUGCACUUGGAGUGUCGCCUGCAGCCCGUGGGCGAUCCCACCAUGCGCGUUGAGUGGUUUGUGAAUGGAACGCCCGUGAGGACCGGUCAUCGCUUCCGGCCCGCGUACGAGUUCGACUACGUCGCACUUGACCUUCUCGGCGUCUAUGCCGUCGACUCGGGCGUGUACACUUGCCAGGCGCGCAAUCAACUCGGCGAGGCCGUGACGUCGUGCUCCGUCCGCGUAAUCGCGAAGAAGGAUCUAAUCUUAGACACUCAACACCCACAAGGCCUCGAGAAGAUCCAAUACCUCGAAGACUCGUCACGCUACAAGCGAUCAGAGUACGUUGACGAGAUUGUCAACAUCAAGCCGCGCUUCCUCACGCGCCCCAAGAAUUUGGAGGGAAUGCGCGAGGGUCAGCAUGCGCACUUUGAGUGUAAACUCGAGCCGGUCACCGACCCAAAUCUCAAAGUGGAAUGGUACAAGAACGGCAGGCCCAUCACGGUGGGUCACCGCUUCCGUCCCAUCCACGACUUCGGCUACGUCGCCUUGGACGUCAUUGAUCUGAUCGCCGAGGACUCGGGCACGUACACGUGCCGCGCCGUGAACUUUGUCGGCUCUGACGAGACUCAGUGCAGCCUCGUGUGCCGCGGCAGUGAGCAGAUCCUCACGGCGAGCCAGAACGAGGCUGGCCUGGAGCAGAUCCACUAUCUCGAGGAUCGCUCACGCUACCAUCGCCAUGAAGUUGUGGAUGAAAUCACCAAACAAGCGCCGAUCUUCACAACAUCACUCAAGAAUAUUGAGAUUAGGGAAGGUCAGCGGGCUCACUUCGAGUGCCGUCUGAUCCCAGUGUCCGAUCCGACGAUGAAGGUGGAGUGGUACCACAACAACACCCCGCUCAAGUCCGGAUCGCGCUUCACCGAGACCAACAACUUCGGAUUCGUCGCUCUGGACAUCAUGGGAUGUCUGCCCGAGGACUCAGGCACCUACACUUGCCGCGCCGUGAACGCUCUGGGCGAGGCUGUGACCUCAGCCAUUGCCAUGAUCCACACUAGGAAGUCCAUCUACAUGGAAUCACAGCACGAAGGAGCUCUGACGCGCCUUCAUCAGCUGGAGGACUCUUCGCGAUACCAGCGCCAGAGCGUCCAGGAAGAGAUCGUGAGCCAAGCUCCGCUCUUCACUCUUCCCGUGAAGGACAUCCGAGUGGCUGAGAAUCAGGCGGUGCACUUUGAAGCACGUCUAAUCCCCGUCGGAGAUCCCAAGCUCAAGGUCGAGUGGUUGAGAAAUGGAGUUGCAUUGGAAGCAUCCAAUCGCAUCACAACAAUGCAUGACUUUGGCUAUGUGGCGCUGAACAUGAAGUACGUGAAUCCUGAGGACUCAGGAACCUACACUUGUAGGGCAAUCAACGAAUUGGGUCAGGCAGUUACGUCUGCUUCUUUAAUCGUUCAAUCUAAAGCAGCCCUCCAGAUGGAGACCCAGAAUGAGGGAGCCUUGCAGAAGAUUCAGCACCUCGAGGACACUUCACGCUAUGCUCGCCGCGAAGAGGAGGAUGUUGUGGUGAAGCAGGCCCCACGCUUCACAGCCCAACUGCACGGCCCGACGAAUCUCUUUGAGGGCCAGAGCGCUCACUAUGAGUGCCGCAUUGAACCCUAUCCGGAUCCCAACUUGAGAGUCGAGUGGUUCCACAACGGCCAGCCACUGCAGACGGGCCAUCGUUUCAGGACACAGUACGAUUUCGGCUUUGCCGCUCUUGACAUCCUCACUGUUUACGCUGAAGACAGCGGCGAGUACACUUGCCGUGCCGUGAACAAUUUGGGCCAGGCUCAGUCGUCGAUCAAGCUGAGUGUGAAAACGCGCCAGUCCAUCAUUCAGGAUACACAGCAUGAGGGCGCUCUUGAGAAGAUUCAGUACCUCGAGGAUGACUCGCGGUACAAGCGGAAGGUUGAGGAGGAUCAGUUUAUUGCUGAGAAGCCUCAGUUUGGUCGACCACUUCGCAAUGCGACUGUGCAGGAAGGCACACCUGUCCAUCUGGAGGCAACGCUGACGCCAGUCAAUGAUCCCACGAUGAAGGUGGAAUGGUACUGCAAUGGUAGGCCUAUUCCCCAGGGACACAGAUUCAAGACUGUCUACGAUUUUGGCUUUGUGGCCCUUGACAUCCUGUACGCUUAUGCCGAAGACACGGGAACCUACAUGUGCAAGGCAAAGAAUGCUGUCGGAGAGGCAGUGACAACGUGCGCAGUCAAAGUCAAUCCCAAUGCAGGAUUGUACCUGGACACGCUGGAUGAGCAGCGUUUGGCGAAGAUCAGGGAGCUUGAGAGCUACGAGAGGCCACAGAAGCCUGAGGUGGAGGAAGUUGGACAGAAGCCCGUCUUCCUCACUCCUCUCAACAGUCUUGAGAAUCUCAAGGAAGGCGAUCAUGCUCAUCUUGAGUGUCGCGUCGAGCCUAUUAAUGAUCCAAAUCUCCGCAUUGAGUGGUUCAUCAAUGGCAAGGCAAUCCGUGCUGGCCACAGAUUCAGAACCACGCACGACUUUGGCUACGUUGCCCUCGAUGUCCUGUACGUCUAUGGCGAGGACACGGGCACUUACAUGUGCAAGGCAACCAAUCUCCUGGGCGAGGCCAUGAAUACCUGCAACGUCCGCGUCGUCAAUCGUCGCUCAAUCAUCCUGGACACGCAACAUCCAGACGGUUUGGAGAAGAUUCAGAAGUUGGAAUCCAAAGCAGGACCCACGCGUCCUGAAAUUCAGGAUCUGCCUCUCAGUCCACCGCGAUUCGUCACCGAACUCCGGGGAACAACGGAAUUGUACGAGGGACAGACAGCUCACUUUGAAGCUCAGGUUGAGCCCAUCCACGAUCCCAAUCUCCGCAUUGAGUUCUACCACAACGGCAAGCCUUUGCCGUCCGCAUCGCGCUUCCACAUUACCUUCGAUUUCGGUUAUGUGGCUCUGGACAUUCAGCACGUUGUGCCUGAGGAUGCUGGAGAGUAUUCUGUGCGUGCAGUAAAUGCUCUCGGCCAGUGUGUGUCGUCCAUUAAGAUGAGAGUGAUCGCGAAGGACAGCAUUAUCAUGGAGUCGCAGCGUCCUGAGGGUCUCGAGAAGAUCCGCCAAUUGGAGUCAGCGCAGCCCUUCAAGCGUCCUGACGUUCCCGAACAGGUGACCAGACAGAGGCCCGUCUUCACGCAGCCUCUGCAGAACAUUGACACCAUCGUUGAGGGCGAUACUGCCCACUUCGAGUGCCGUCUGAUCCCUGUUGGUGAUCCCACGCUUAAGGUCGAGUGGUUCCGCAAUGACAAGCCACUGGAGGAUAGCUCGAGAAUCACGAAGCAGCACGACUUCGGGUAUGUGUCGAUGGAUAUUCAGCAUGUGCGCGAGGAAGACCAGGGAGUGUACAUGUGCCGUGCGACCAAUCCCUUGGGAGAGGCAGUCACGACAGCGUCAAUGAGGAUUCGCACUCACGCCAACAUUCAGCUGCAGACGCAGCAUCCAGAGGGAAUGCGCAAGAUCCAGCAACUCGAGGCGCCCUCGGCUAAGCGACCAGACGAACCCGAUCGCGUCUUCGAGAAGCCCAUCUUCACCCAACUCCUCACCGGUCCUGCGGAGCUGUGGGAAGGACAGCACGCUCGCUUCGAGGCUCGUGUCGUCCCAGUCGGAGAUCCCACGAUGCACUUCGAGUGGUUUGUGAAUGGCGUGGAGCUGAAGAUGGGAUCGAGAUUCCGAACGACUCACGAUUUCGGAUUCGUCACGCUGGACAUCAACUCGGUGGUGUCUGAAGACAGCGGUGUGUACAUGUGCAAGGCUAUCAAUGCGGCUGGUGAAGCAGUCUCGUCGACAGCCAUGAAAGUCAAAUCACGAUCGUCAAUCGCCGGAGAGACCCUCCUUCCUGAAUCAUGGCAGAAGAUUCAACAGAAGGAAGCCGCCAUGAAUCGUGUUCCCGAAAUGUUUGUGGAUACAACACCGCAGCAAGCGCCUGUCUUCACCACACACCUCACCAGCCACGAUAAGCUGGUGGAGGGACAACAUGUGCAUCUCGAGGCACAAGUGGAGCCACGAGCUGAUCCCAACUUGCGCAUUGAGUGGUUCAAGAAUGGCGUCUCCCUCACGACUGGAACUCGCUUGAGAAGCACCUUCGACUUCGGUCUGGUCACGCUGGCCAUCAAUGGCCUCCGUGCUGACGACUCAGCCAUCUACACUUGCCGCGCAACCAAUCUGCUCGGCGAGGCUGUGUCCACGUGCACUCUUAAGAUCGAGGAUCGCCACUGGUUGCUGGCUGACACGAUGCAUCCUGACGCGCUGCCUCGCAUUGGACAACUUGAGGCGCCGCGAGCCGAUCGUCCGGCAGCCCCUGAGCCCACUUACGAAACCCCCGUCUUCAUCACCCAUCUGAACAACGUGGAGUGCCGCGAAGGAGACAAUGUGCACUUCGAGUGCAACGUGGAGCCCUCCAAGGAUCCCACCAUGCAGAUCGAGUGGUUCGUCAACGGAAAACCCCUGCCAGUUGGUUCUCGCUUCAAGACAACCUACGACUUUGGGUACAUCGCUCUGGACAUCAAUCACGCGUACGCUGAGGACUCUGGAAUCUACACUUGCAAGGCGACAAAUAGCAAGGGAUCUGCAUCCACAUCUGGUUCAUUGAGGUGCACGAGCACUGCUACAAUGUUCCUGGACACGCAGCAUCCGCAGGGCAAAGCAGGAUUGGAGGCUGUCCAGGAGGCUGAAGGCGCAGCCGCGGAUCGUGCUGCCAGGAAGCCAGCUGGGCCUGAGAAGGCGUAUCCCAAGCCUGAGUGGGUCAUUCCGACGCACCCAGAAUUCAAGCUCUCCGAGGCUCAGCCACUGCAUCUCGAGGGCCAGGUUGAGCCCAAAGAUGAUCCCAAUCUUAAGAUUGAGUGGUACUUCAACGGAAAGAUCUUGCAGCACGGAUCGCGCUUCAAGAUGACCAGCGACUUUGGCUUUGUCACCCUGGAUCUGAUUGAGGUCUACGAGAGAGAUCAGGGCAUUUACACGUGCAAAGCCUACAAUCUGGCCGGCGAGGCGUUCACAUCCACCACUGUCUACUGCAGCAGCAAGGAGAGUGUGAUUGAGAAGUCCCAGCACCCGAAGGGCGACGAGGGCCUGGAGAAGAUUCAGGAUCUGGAGGACUCACUGAGGAGGACUGAGGAUAAGAAGGCUGAAGCUGAAAUCGGUCAACCGCCGAGAUUCACAUCGGAGUUCGUUGAUAUCAGUAACAUUAGCGAAGGCGAAAUUGCCCACUUCGAGGCAUCUCUCGUGCCGACUGGAGACCAAAGCAUGGUUGUGGAGUGGUUCUACAACAGUAAGACACUUGAAGCUAGUCAUAGAGUUAGGACAGUGUAUGCUUUCGGAAUGGUCGUGCUGGAGAUUUUGGGCACGAAGAUUGAGGAUUCGGGCAAGUAUUCAUGCCGUGCGACGAACAAGUGGGGCAGAGCAGAGAUCAGCGUGAAUCUCGAGUGUGUUGAUAAGUCUCAGGGCCAGAAACCGAGGUUCACAACGCAAAUCCAGAGCUUGGCUGGACUGAAAGAUGGCCAAUCAGCCCACUAUGAGUGCACUCUUGUGCCUGUUGGCGAUCCUAACAUGAAGGUCGAGUGGUUCCACAACGGACAACCUCUGCGUCACUCCACGAGGAUCAAGCCAGUGGCUGACUUUGGCUAUGUGCUUCUGGACAUCGCCUAUGUUCAGAGUCACGAUUCCGGUGAAUAUGUCUGUCGCGCUUCCAACAAGUAUGGCGAGGACUUCACCAGGGCGAAUCUGCAGUGCACUGGCAAGGGUGGCGUCUUCCUCGACAGUCUUCAGCCUGAGUCUCUGGCUAAGAUUCGGGAGCUGGAGAGUGGACUCUCUCAGCAACCGGCAACACCCACAACACCCGUUGGAGAGCCACCGAAGUUCGUGACGCAGAUCAAGGAGAUCACCCGGUUGGUGGAGGGACAGAGUGCUCACUUCGAGGCGCGCUUGACGCCAGUCACAGAUCCCGACCUCAAAGUGGAGUGGUUCUACAAGGGUGAGAAACUGCCUCAUGGCCACAGAUUCAGAACCUUCCACGACUUUGGCAUCGUCAUUCUUGACAUUCUGUACUGCUACGAGGAGAAUUCUGGCGAGUACGAGUGCAGGGCAACUAACAAAUACGGAUCGGAUUCGACGAAGGCGUCGUUGAAAUGUCUGUCGAAGGCUAAUCUCAUCUUGGACUCGCAACUUCCGCGGGGCAUGGAAGGCGGACUGGAGAAGAUACAAACCCUGGAAGAUUCACUCGUGCGUGAACACCAGGAGCGCGUAGAUGAGCAGAGAGGAAAGGCACCUGUAUUCACAGUUCCACUGUCUAACAUCGACAGUCUCCGUGAGGGUGAGAAUGUACAUUUCGAGGCGCGCGUCAUCCCGACAGACGAUCCCAAGUUGCGCAUCGAGUGGUUCUGGAAUGGGAAACCACUGAAGGCUGGAUCACGCUUCCGCACCUUCUGCGACUUUGGCUUUGUGAUCCUGGAAAUUUCGCCCGUCUAUCCUGAAGACUCUGGCGAGUACUCAUGCAGGGCAAUCAACGAGUAUGGUGAAGCAGUUACCACAUCUUCCAUGCGUGUCCAGGGCAAGAGGAGCAUCAUCCUCGAGUCGCAGUUACCAAAGGGCAUGGAAGGGACAAUUGACAAGAUUGCCGAGCUGGAGGGAUUGGGCGCCAAUGUGGGACAGAUGCAGCCUGAAGAUGACAGCGGCAAGCCGCCGGAGUUCAUCACAACGCCGGCUGACUUGACUCUGGGCGAAAACUCCCUGGCGCACUUCGAGUGUCGCCUGACUCCGAUCACAGAUCCCAGCAUGAGAGUCGAGUGGUUCCACAACGGCAAGGCUCUCUGGGCCGGAUCGCGCAUCAAGACGAUCAACGACUUUGGGUUCGUCAUUCUGGAGAUUGCCGGAUGCUACCAGCGUGAUUCUGGGCUGUACACCUGCAAGGCCACCAACAAGCACGGAGAAGCCACAGUGUCGUGCAAGCUGCAAGUGCGCGGUCGCCAGGGCAUCAUCAUGGAGCCGCAAUUGCCGUCCAACUUCCGUACGGGCACCGAGAGUAUUCAGAAGCUGGAGGAGUCGCUGUACAAGCGCGAGGAGGUGAGUGCCGAGGAGGAGGAGCCCAAUCCGCCCAGAUUCGUCGUGGACAUCAAGGACAACGUGGACAUUCCCGAGGGCGGUCCAAUUCACUUUGACUGCCGCGUUGAGCCCGUCGGAGAUCCCUCAAUGCGCAUUGAGUGGUACCACAAUGGUCGCCCCUUGGCCACUGGUUCUCGCGUCCACAUGCUGAACGACUUCGGGUUCAUCGCUCUGGACAUGGACUACGCGUACGCACGUGAUUCGGGCGAGUAUGUGUGCCGCGCCACCAACAGAUGGGGAUCAGCCACGACUGUGGCGAAGGUGACGUGCAAGUCGAAGAAGGACAUCAUCUUCGACAGCCAGUUGCCGGAGGGAAUGACGGCUGAGAAGCUGAAGGAGCUUGAGCGCGGUCCAGUCACGGUUGCGCCCCAAGAAGAGGCUCCAAUGAAGCCACCCAAGUUCAUCACGCAAAUCCAGUCGCACACUGUCGAUGAGGCCGAGAGCAUUCGCUUCGAGUGCCGCGUUGAGCCCAAGGAGGAUCCAAAGCUCCGCAUCGAGUGGUACAGGAAUGGAAAACCACUUCCAUCUGGCCAUCGCUAUCGCACAGUUUAUGACAUGGGCUUCGUUUCAUUGGACAUUCUCUAUGUGUAUCCUGAAGAUUCGGGCGAAUAUGUUUGCCGGGCCGUGAAUGAUCUCGGAGAGGAUACAACACGUGCUACAGUUUCAUGCAAAAAACUGCCAACGAUUAUCCUCCAAAACCAAAUACCCAAGGGUAUGAAGAAGUCCGAGACACUCAUGCAGAUGGAGGCGACAAUUAAGAAGUACACUUCUGAGAUCUUCCUCACAGAAGAUGAUCUCUACGAUCCGGAUAGGAAGCAGCCUCCGAGGUUUGUGACACAGAUUGAGGACAAAUCAAAUCUGACGGAAAUGGAGAGCACCAAGUUUGAAUGUCAAUUGGCACCAGUCGGCGAUCCUAACAUGAAAGUCGAGUGGUUCUUCAAUGGAAAACCCUUGCCAUACAAAAACCGCUUCACUCCGAUUUACGACUUUGGCUACGUCGCCAUGAACUUUGGCUGGGUUUAUCCCGAAGACAGCGGUGAAUAUCUGUGCCGAGCUACAAAUUUGUACGGCAUGGAUGAGACCCGAGCGAUGAUCAAGACAACCGGCAAGCCUGGUAUUAUCUACGACUCCCAGUUGCCAAAGGGAAUGAAGAGUAUCGAGAGAAUCCGGGAAAUGGAAGCUUCUUGGCAAGUGGUUCCAGAAGAGGCUGAUGAGGCACUGAAGCCGAAACAGGCUCCGGCGUUUGUCAGCAAUCCUGAACCAGUGACUGUUGAGGAAGGCGAAUGGGCGAGAUUCUGUGCUCGAGUCACUGGACAUCCACGACCAAGAGUGAUGUGGUUGAUCAACGGACACACGAUGGUCAAUGGAUCGCGCUACAAGCUGACUUACGAUGGAAUGUAUCACAUGGAUAUACCGAAAACUCGUCAAUACGACACAGGAAAGAUUGAGGUGAUUGCGAGGAGUUCACUGGGCGAAGCUGUCGCCACGACAGAACUAAAGGUUAUUCCGCGCAAGGAUGACUAUCGUGGUGUGCUGAAGAAUUCGCCAAGACCCUGGUACGACUACGAUCUUGUUCAGUACCAGAAAGAACGCACUGAAACUGAGCUGGAAAAGACAUUCGAGGAGAGAAAGGCGCAUCAUGAUCAGCAGAGUGGUGUUGAGUUAGGUAGCUUCAACAAGACAAAGUCGUUCAAGGAGCCCGAAACUGAGUGGCAACAGGCCGUGAAGUCGAAGAAGGGUGAGGAUUACUAUAACAAAUUGCAAGAGCUGGAAAAUGAGCAAGUUGUCAAGGAGUCUCGUCUGAGAGAAGCUAGUCAUCAAUUUGCUAUUCCCGGAGAAAAGGUCGUGCAAUCGUCAAUUGCCAAAGGAAUGGCGCAGAAGUACCAGGACAGUCUUGACAAGAGUGAAGAACUCGAUGAGAAAACCACUGAAACCCGGAAGUUCGUGAGGAAACCACCAGAGCCAUCGGAGUCAGCGGUUCAUGGGCGCGAAGUGCACGUCUCGAAGCAGAAGCAGACGCAGAAGGAGCAAGUGGGUGAUCUGGAGAUCACACGAAAGAUCACAGCCACGGAGACCACGGAGAUGGAGCACAAGGGGAAGAUUCAGGAGCGCGUGGUUCAGGGACCAGUGCAGCCCAGCAAGGCGCCCUUCUUCACCAAGAAGAUCCAACCGUGUCGUGUGUUUGAGAACGAACAGGCGCGCUUCGAGGUGGAGUUCGAUGGCGAGCCACUGCCUCAGGUCAAGUGGUUCCGCGAGGACUUCCUCAUCCAGAACUCCCCAGACUUCCAAAUCCACACCUUCAGCACCAAAUCCGUGCUGAUCAUGCGCCAGGUGUUCCUCGAGGAUUCCGCCGUGUUCUCUGUUAUCGCGGAGAAUCGUGGGGGCACCGCAAAGUGCAGCGCUAAUCUGGUGGUGGAGGAGAGAAAGCGCCAGGGCCGUGGAGGUGUGGUUCCACCCAGUUUCUUGGCCACCGUCCAGGACGUCAAGGUGGCCAAUGGUCAAUUGGCUCGCUUUGAUGCGCGCGUGACCGGCACAAAGCCUCUCGAUGUUUACUGGCUCAAGAAUGGCAAGAAAAUCACCACGAACAUCAAGUACAAGGUCCUGGAGGAGGACAACACCUUCACGCUGCUCAUCAUCGAAGCCUAUCCCGAGGAUGCCGGCAAAUACGAAUGUGUGGCAGUUAACAAUGCUGGAGAAGCUCGUUGUGAUGCUGAACUGAGUGUUGCCACGCAAGCGAAGGCGCAAAAGGACAAGCCCACGACUCCGGGAACUGAGAAAGCUCCAACUCUGGUGGAGCCACUGAAGGACCAGAAGAUCCUGGAGGGUCACUCUGUUGUCUUCAAGACGCGCGUCGUGGGCAAACCCAAUCCCGUGGCGAAGUGGUUCAAGGGCGAGAGCAUUAUUAAACAGUCCAAGUACUUCCAGAUGAUCAGAGAGGGUGAAUACUACACUCUCCGCAUCUCUGAGGCCUUCCCCGAGGACGAGGGUGUGUACCGAUGCGUCCUGGGCAACACUGCUGGCGAAGUCUCCACCAAUGCCACACUGAAAGUCAUGGCGCCUGAGCAACAGGACGCCCUGCCAACUCUCACGCCACUCAAGGAUGUCAUCUGCGAAGAGGGAAAUCCGGCACAGUUCCAGACGAAGAUCAUGGGAAAGGCCAAGCCCACGGCAGUCCAGUGGUUCCGAGAGGGUGCUCUAAUUCCCACCUCGCCCGACUUUCAGAUGAUUCAAGAGGGAAGCAAUGCCGUGCUCUUGAUCAACACCACUUAUGAGGAGGAUUCUGGCAGAUUUACGUGUCGUGUGACCACAUCAGCUGGCCAGGUUGAAACGUCGGCUAAUCUAAUCGUGAAAAGUAAGAAAAAUGAAACAAGAUAUCAAUUAAUUCUUUCAGAACGACGAGGUCGUACAACACAACUCACUGUACCCGAUUGGCACAGAAAGAUCACAGAUGUUUCCCAAGCUCAGCAACAGCGGGAAUCAACCACGUCCAGCACUCCAGAUACUGACUUAGAUUUCUCCACAACCACUAGUCAAUCCUAUGAAGAUGAAGAGAUCAUUCCACGUGGUGAUGAAUCUCUACCGUGGCGCAGAAAACGAAGUCGUAGUUUACAACCGACAGAAAAACAUAAGAAACGCUACACAUCGCGAGAUAGAUCACUGUCACAACAGAGAAUGAUUCAACGGAUGAUACAGAAUUACACAAAGAAAGAGGAGCAAGUAAAUCCGUGGUUAGAAGAGAUGAAGAAACUUAAGAAAACUGUAAUCACACCUAAAUUCAUUGAACACGAGAAAUUAGAAGAAGUUGACUUGAAGCCAUCUCAAAUAGAGCAUCAUGAGUUCUCAAAGGAAGAACUAGAGUUUGUAGAUCUAAAAUCAGUUCAGAAAGCUUACCAAAACGCUAGACUUCUUGAGCUCCAACAAAUGAAAUUGGAAGACGAGACACGAACGCAAGAGGACAGAGCUCUAGAGCAAGAACAUGUAAUUUCAGAAGAUGUUAGCAGACAAUAUGUGCAACAUUCCAAGCAUGACGAAGAUAGUUCGAUUUUGGAACUGACAAGGCAAGUGGAUGAAAUAGUAUUAAGAGAUACGCUAAAGUACAUCCCCCAGAAACAAAAGCGACUGCAUAAGAAAGAAUUAGAAGAGCAGACAUUUAGUGAGCAACUUACAAAUGUAGAAGAUGUAUCUAUUCUCAAAGUUGACAAGCAUGAAUCAACACAAAUUGAUUUGAGAACAAAAGGCCAGCAAGGAGUUCCAUGGGCAAGAGGCAUUAAACACAUGGAAACUCAGCAUCUCGAAGAUACAGCUUCAUUGCAUAUAAGUGAAAGAGAGAAAGUAGAAACUGAGCGAAAAGAAGAAAUACCUGUUGCUUGGGAAAGAGGUAGUAAAAAGCAGACUGAAUCUCAUGACUUAGAACACGUGGAAGAUAUUGCUCUUCUUAGCCUAAAAGAGAGGCAAGAAGAAGAUAUUAAAAAGAAAGAAGAAGUUGCUGUUCCAUGGGAAAGAGGCCGUAAGAGAUACAGAGAGGAUAAGACAAUGCUUGAUAGAAAAGUAGAGCAAGAAAGUGCAGAAGCACAAUUGCCUGAGGAAACAGAACAAGAACCUCGAGUGGAAGAAGGAGUACCAUGGCGUCGAGGAAUGAAAGAACAGCCUAAGCAAGAAGUUGCAGAGGACACACAAUGGCCCAAGGGCAAGAGGGUACCAUUUGGACAAGAAGAACCUGAACAGGUACAUUUGAAACCUAUUCCAAAGAAAACUCCGGAAGAGAAGCCGAAAAAACGCAAGCCAAUCGAAUUAACUCCAGUACCAAAAGACACUCCGGCUGUCCAGGAAUUAAAGGAAGAAGAACAGCCAACACCAUGGCGCCGCGGAGAGAAGGAGAAGCCCAAGGAGGAAGUUGCAGAGGAGAAGCAAUGGCCUAAGGGUAAAAGAGUACCAUUUGGACAAGAAGAACCAGAACAGGUACAAUUGAAACCUGUUCCAAAGAAAACUCCGGAAGAGAAACCGAAGGAACCCGAGCAAGUCAAGUUGACUCCAGUGCCAAAGGACGCUCCUGUUGUCCAGGACAUCAAGGAAGAAGAACAGCCAACACCAUGGCGUCGCGGAGAGAAGAAGAAGCCCAAGGAGGAAGUUGCAGAGGAGAAGCAAUGGCCUAAGGGCAAGAGGAAGUCAAUGGAACAGGAAGAACCAGAGCAAGUGCAGUUGAAACCCAUUCCGAAGAAAACUCCGGAAGAGAAACCGAAGGAACCCGAGCAAGUAGAAUUGGCCCCAGUGCCAAAGGACGCUCCUGUUGUCCAGGACAUCAAGGAAGAAGAACAGCCAACACCAUGGCGUCGCGGAGAGAAGAAAAAGCCCAAGGAGGAAGUUGCAGAGGAGAAGCAAUGGCCUAAGGGCAAGAGGAAGCCACUGGAACAGGAAGAACCAGAACAGGUACAAUUGAAACCAAUUCCAAAGAAAACUCCGGAAGAGAAACCGAAGGAACCCGAGCAAGUCGAAUUGGCCCCAGUGCCAAAGGAUGCCCCUGUUGUCCAGGAAACCAAGGAAGAAGAACAGCCAACACCAUGGCGUCGCGGAGAGAAGAAGAAGCCCAAGGAGGAAGUUGCAGAGGAGAAGCAAUGGCCUAAGGGCAAGAGGAAGUCAAUGGAACAGGAAGAACCAGAGCAAGUGCAGUUGAAACCCAUUCCGAAGAAAACUCCGGAAGAGAAACCGAAGGAACCCGAGCAAGUAGAAUUGGCCCCAGUGCCAAAGGACGCUCCUGUUGUCCAGGACAUCAAGGAAGAAGAACAGCCAACACCAUGGCGUCGCGGAGAGAAGAAAAAGCCCAAGGAGGAAGUUGCAGAGGAGAAGCAAUGGCCUAAGGGCAAGAGGAAGCCACUGGAACAGGAAGAACCAGAACAGGUACAAUUGAAACCAAUUCCAAAGAAAACUCCGGAAGAGAAACCGAAGGAACCCGAGCAAGUCGAAUUGGCCCCAGUGCCAAAGGAUGCCCCUGUUGUCCAGGAAACCAAGGAAGAAGAACAGCCAACACCAUGGCGUCGCGGAGAGAAGAAGAAGCCCAAGGAGGAAGUUGCAGAGGAGAAGCAAUGGCCUAAGGGCAAGAGGAAGCCACUGGAACAGGAAGAACCAGAGCAAGUGCAGUUGAAACCCAUUCCGAAGAAAACUCCGGAAGAGAAACCGAAGGAACCCGAGCAAGUCGAAUUGGCUCCAGUGCCAAAGGACGCUCCUGUUGUCCAGGAAACCAAGGAAGAAGAACAGCCAACACCAUGGCGUCGCGGAGAGAAGAAGAAGCCCAAGGAAGAAGUUGCAGAGGAGAAGCAAUGGCCUAAGGGCAAGAGGAAGCCACUGGAACAGGAAGAACCUGAGCAAGUGCAGUUGAAACCCAUUCCGAAGAAGGUGACCGAAGAUAAACCUGAGGAACCCGAUCAGCCUGAUCUAGCACCAUUGUCUGCAGAACCUGAAGAUAUACUUGAAGAAUUGUCUACUGAUGAGGAAAUGCUUGAUAGUGAACAAGUCGAGUUGAGAAAACGACGCGCGAAGAAGAAGAAAUUGAAACAUCGUGCCACUGAAUCCGUGGAAUCUGAGGACAGUUUUGAUAUAUCAGCUGCUGAGACUGCAGAAACGAGUAUCGUAGAAGAUUACGCAACUGAGGAAGCAAGGGUCGAAAAGAUUUCGGUUCAUGAAACUACGCCAGAUCUUGUUCGAACGACUAAGAAAAAGAAGAAAACCAAGCGCGUGGCGUUUAAGGAGGAGCUUGAUAUAGCACAAGUUGAAGUUGAAGAAGAAGAAGAGGCCCGCGAGAUUAUUGAGGAUAUUGUUACAACUGAGACCAAUAUCAGACUGAAACCAACUCAGCCAAAGCCGUUAGAAAGUAUUCCGGUAGAGAGCGAAGAGGAAGUUAUAGAAUUUAAAAAGGAAAUCGACAUGAAAAUUACAUCGAAUAUUGAAAAGAAAGAGAAACGUCGAAUUGUAAUCGAUGACAGUCAACCAUUUCCAGAAUUGGAACUUAUUACACAAAAGAGAGUUCCAGAAACAAUCGUUCCAAGCACAAUGGAAGAACCAAUUCAAGAUAUACUUGAAGUUAAGGAGGAAACUGUAUCUGAAGUUAUAGUUGAAGAGACAAAACUGAUUAAAACUCCUAAACUCAAACCACCAAGAUUCACAAAGAAACUGCAACCUAAAGUUUGUAAGCCAGAUGAGAAGACUAUUCUGAAAUGCAAUGUAGAAGGAACACCUUUCCCUUCAAUUACAUGGUUAUUCAAUGAUAUGGUACUGUUUGCAUCUGAAAAGUACAUCAUGACUGUUGUAGAAUCAACGGCAAUAUUAGAAAUAGCAAAAGUCACACCGUCAAUGGUUGGAGUUUACACUUGUGAAGCAAAGAAUGAAGCUGGAGUUGCAAUCACGAAGACAAACAUCGCAUUAGCGGAAACAGAGGAAGACGGAUUAGCUCCAAUAUUUGUAUCGCCUAUGAAAAUUGCAUUGACACCAGAGAAAACGAGUGCAACCAUUUCUUGCUACGUUUCUGGUAAACCUAUGCCAAAUGUGAAGUGGUACAGAGAAAAUGUGGAAAUAACGCCAUCAGAAGCAUUACAAAUGUCAUAUGAUGAUAAAACAGGAUACGUGGCUUUGGUGAUCCUUAAUCCCAAGCACGACGAAAUCGCCGUAUAUACAGUGAUAGCGGAGAAUGCGUUUGGUAAAGCUGUAGGAAAGGCCACCAUGACUAUUCAGGAGGACUCAGAGAAGCCGAAAGAGAAACUCGAAGCUCCUACCAUAAAGACACCUUUGCAAGCGCAAAUAGUCAAAAGUGGAUCGACUAUUGUUCUUAGCGUUAAGUUUGAUGGCAAUCCAAAUCCAACAAUAUCUUGGUUGAGAAAUGGAAAGCAAUUGGAGAAUGAUUCUGUUGUAAAGAUAGUCACAGAAGAGAAGAAAUCAACAAUUACAAUUGCAAAAGCUGAGAGAAAGAAAGUUGGAAAAUUCGAGGUGGUGGCAAUUAACAAAGUGGGAGAAGCACGGUCAUCUGCAUCGGUAGUUGUGUCUGAUGUUAAGGAAACGCCUGAGAUCAAAGCACCUCGGUUCAUACAUCCACUGGUACCAAAGGUGGUCAGAGAGCGAGAUGUUGUCAUUCUCGAAGCUGUCGUAGAUUCCAAACCUCUGUCGUCCUUCCAAUGGUUUCUCAAUGUUCAGCCAAUCACUUUGUCCAAAGACGUCCGCGUGGUGACACAUGAUAACAAGUCAAUCCUCAUUAUUAGAUCGUUCAAAAAGCAAUUCAUUGGAUCGUACAUCUGUCGUGCCGAAAAUGUUGGCGGAUCGGUCACAUCUACAGCAAGUGUCAAGUUGCGCGAUGAGACUGAGAUCGACGAUGUGGUGGAGUAUAUUUCUCCAAGAUAUACUGAGAAAUUGCCAUCAGCAAUGGAUUAUAUGGACGGAGAGACAAUUGAACUGAAGUGCCAAGUAAUGGGCAAACCAACGCCACGCAUCGAAUGGUACCACAAUAAGACUGUAAUUGAGGAUGCAAAGAAUGUUACAGUUUCUCAAGACAAUACCGGUAAUUGCGUACUGACAAUCACCGAAGUAUUUCCCGAAGAUGCUGGAGAAUACACUUGUCAUGCUAUUAACGAAGUUGGAGAAGCCAUCACAGUAACACAAGUGGCAGUUGAAGCAUUUGAAUACCAACAAGACUCUGAGAUUACUUCAGGUGAAGAAGCUGCAUCAGAUAAAACCAUAUCGGUGGACGAGCCCGCGGAUACAGAAACAGAAAUGGCACCGCAAUUGCUCAAGAAGUUACCGAUCAUAACUAAGACUGUAAGCAAACCAACCAAGUUGGAGGUCAGAGUCGUUGGUAGACCGAAGCCACAAGUCAAGUGGUUCAAGCAAGGUGAAGAGAUUCACGCAUCAGAAGAGUAUCAAAUUGAAAAUCUCGAGGAUGGCACGUCCAUUCUCGUUAUCAAUGAUAUUUAUCCUGAUGAUACCGGCGAAAUAACAUUCCAAGCGCACAAUCCUCUCGGAGUGAUAUCAACCACAACCUUACUAGAAGUUACGGAAGAAAUUGUCGGCACGAAAGAAUACAGGAAACCCGACUGGGUGGUUCACAUGGAGGAGAUGCAGGAGGCGCUUCGUGCUGCAAAGCAAGUUCCAUCAUUUAUAACGGAAAUAGUAAAUAAAAGGGCAGCUGAGGGCGAGUCUAUUAAAUUUGAGUGCGAAUUCACCGGAAACCCGAAGCCAGAUAUCGAAUGGUCGUUUAAUCACAAGCCUGUGCGUAACACUGACAACAUUAAAAUUUACAUCGAGGAGAAUAAAUCUUCCUUGGUUCUAACAAAUGUAUCAACAGAAAAUAUCGGUUUCUAUACGUGCAAAGCCAAAAAUGACAUGGGUAAUGCAGUGACAAGGGCCAAGUUUGACUUAGCGUCGGCAUCGAGUGUUCAAGUUGAGGCUGUUCAAGUUAAGACAGAAAAAGUUGAGAAGAGCGAGAAAGUUGAGAAGACGGGAAAAGCAAAGGUGAAGAAACGUGUAGUCAAAAUUGCAGGACCUGAAACUAAGAAAACGGAGAAGAUCCAGGAUGUUACGAAAACGCAGAUAAGCGUACAAAAGGUGUCCGAAAGUGAAACGACAGUGUCUUCCAAGGUAACUGAAGUGCAAUACGAAUCUACAGCAGUCGAGAAGGCAUCCAUUUCGACAACUCGAACAGAAACCACACAAUAUGGUGAGAUAGAAAUUACUCAGGGCAUUGACAUGGAAAAGAAAGAAAUCAUUGAGGAGCAAAUCCAUAUAGAAGAUAUCAAUGUCACGGAGAUCAAGUAUGCACGAGAGGUUAAUGAAUUUCUGGAACUGAUUGAAGCAUCAACAUUCGGACCUGGAGAAGAACCAAUGAGAGAACUCGCAACUAUCGCUUACUUAGUUCAACAUGGAGUGGCUACAACAGAAAUAACAUCUCUGUACAAUGCAAACGCUUUUCCCGCUCUCAAGAGCCCAGAAUCUCAAUCUGCUCUUGUUCAGCUCGUGGAGCGCGAAGGUCACGCAAAGAUUAUAUCCGAAGUGAUAACAGAGGAAAGUGUGGCAGACGAAACUCAACUGGCCGCCACUGUUGGCUUCCACGCUUUUAUGCGAAUGGUCGAGGAGCAGCACAUAACAAUAGAGGAGGUUUUAUCACAUUUCUCAAGAGAGGAUUUCGUUACACAAGAAUGGAAAUCAGUUGAAGCCAAAGAGAGAUAUGUUGGAAAGACACAUGAAUUGAGGGUAGCUGAAAUUUUUAAAACAGUCGCUGUCGAAAAUGUCUUACAAUCUAUUCAAGAAGAACCAACAUUUCCCAAAGGUUUGACUUAAGUGUUUCCUCAUUAUCAUAUGUACAUUCUGCACCUCAUAAUUUGUGUGUUUCGAUAUAUUGAAUCUUUCUUUUAGCUUCUUGCGCUAUAUUAAUGAAGUGAGCUUUUAAGGCCAACGAUUAGACGAUAUUAAUAUUGUAAAUACGUUUCUACUCUAGAUGCUUCAGUUUUCUCGUUCCAGACCGAAUUGAUAUAAUGCUUUUGCUUAUAUGUUAUCUAAUACCUUGCACCUAUGCAGCAGCAUAAAGGAUAAUGUGUCGUUGAAUGUGUAAGUACCCACAUCUAGGGAUUAAACUGACUGUAUACUUUAUAAAUAAAAGCAAACUGUACAUAAAAAUACAUCAUGUAACAACUAUUGUCAUAAUGAAUCAGCAACUGACGAAUCAUAGAAUAGCAA